AUGGCUUCAGCUGGCAAAAGCAUCAUGGGUGCCAAAGUCUCAGUCCCAGGAAAGUGCUCUGAGAUCAAGGGCAAACCUGAUCAAGUGACCGGGCGAUGGACCUGCUCCGAGGAGGAGAUUGGGCUAGUGAAAAUGAACUCCGACUAUGCAAAUGAAACUGGAAUAAAUCAGUUCCAAGCUGAUAUAAAUGUAUCCAAGUGGUCUGUGGAUACUCAUUUUUCUCUCCCUUCUCUCUUUCAGACUCCAGGUAGAGGUGGUUCUCAGAGCUCGGAUUCGGAUUCAUCUGCCACACCAGGAAAUGCCGUGGACGUCAACAACGAAGGCUCCUCCGAGGGCUUCAUCUGUCCACUAUGUAUGAAAGUGUGUGUAACUCCCACUGAUCUGUCUGAACAUUACCAGAAUGAGCACACGGGGACAGAAGGAAGACAGGAGCUCCGUGACCUCCCAGCUGUUACUGGCUUUAUUUGUCCUCUCUGUAUGAAGUCUCAUGGAUCAGCGGAGGAGCUGUUCAAGCACUAUGAAGCAGUUCAUAAUUCUGGCAUUGAUUCAACUCAUGGAGGGGAAGGUCAUCUGUCACCGGAAAGAGAUGAAGUAUCACUGCUCCGACAAGAAGUCCAAGACUUGCAAGCUUCACUGAAGGAGGAGAGGUGGUAUUCAGAAGAGCUGAAGAAAGAACUAGAGAAAUUGCAGGGGCAGCGGCAGCAAGAUUCUAAGUCUGAUGGAUUGACAACAGCUACAUCUACAGAAUCAUUAGAACGGCAACUAGAAGAGAUCCAAGUAGAAAAUUUUAACAUUAAGCAAAUGAAAGACUUAUUUGAGCAAAAAGCAGCACAACUGGCCACUGAAAUUGUGGAUCUUAAAUCAAAGUACGAUGAAGAAAUCGGCCUUCGGGAAGGUGCAGAACAGAAAGUGACAAACCUGACACAAGAACUGCAGAAGGAGAGAAGUACAGUGGAAGACUUAAAGACAGAGCUGCUACAAAGGCCUGGUGUGGAAGAUGUGGCUGUCCUGAAAAAGGAGCUGGUCCAAGUUCAGACGCUGAUGGACAAAAUGACGCUGGAACGUGAGAGAGAAUCUGAAAAACUGAAAGAUGAGUGCAAGCACUUGCAGGCAGAGCAAGCUAACUCGGAGGCUACCAUUAACCAUCUAAGAGCUGAACUUGCCAAAGGACCUCAGGAGGUAGCUGUGUACGUUCAGGAGCUGCAAAAACUUCAAAGUUCAGUCAAAGAGCUAGAACAGAAAAACCAGAGUCUGACCGAGAAGCUGCUGAAGAAAGAACAGGACUACACCCAGCUAGAAGAAAAACACAAUGAAGUAUCUGUGAGUAAGAAGAACGUGCUGGCAAACUUUCACCAGAAGGACCUGGACUGCCAACAGCUUCAGGCAAAGCUGUCUGCAUCUGAAGCCUCGAUACAGAGAUUACAGACAGAGCUAGGUGAGAAGGGGGAAGCAAGCCAGAAACUUAAAGAAGAGUUGUCUGAAGUAGAGACAAAGUACCAGCAUCUCAAGGCAGAAUGUAAACAGCUCCAGCAGCAAAGAGAGGAAAAAGAGCAGCAUGGCCUGCAACUCCAAAGCGAGCUCAGUCAGUUGCACAGUAAACUUCUAGAAACAGAGCGCCAGCUAGGGGAAGCACACGGGCGGCUCAAGGAACAGAGACAGCUGUCUAGUGAGAAGCUGAUGGACAAAGAGCAGCAGGUGGCUGAUCUGCAAUUAAAACUGUCUCGGGCUGAAGAGCAGCUGAAGGAGAAAGCGGCAAAUUCCACAGAACUGCAGCAUCAGUUAGAUAAGGCAAAACAGCAGCACCAGGAACAGCAGACACUUCAGCAAAAUACUACAGCAAAACUACGAGAAGCUCAGAAUGAUUUGGAGCAAGUACUACGACAAAUUGGAGAUAAGGACCAAAAAAUUCAAAAUCUUGAGGCUUUGCUUCAAAAAAGCAAAGAAAACAUCUCUUUGCUAGAAAAGGAAAGAGAGGACUUAUAUGCAAAAAUUCAAGCUGGUGAAGGAGAAACUGCAGUUCUUAACCAGCUACAAGAGAAAAACCAUGCAUUGCAAAUACAGGUAACUCAGCUGACGGAGAAGCUGAAGAAUCAAUCAGAAAGUCAUAAACAAGCCCAAGAGAAUUUGCACGAGCAAGUGCAGGAGCAAAAGGCACAUCUAAGAGCUUCUCAAGACCGUGUGCUCUCCCUGGAAGCAAACAUCACUGAACUAACCAGCCAGCUAAAUGAAAGUAAAGAGAAAGUUUCACAACUUGAUGUACAGGUAAAAGCAAAGACUGAAUUGCUACUUUCGGCAGAAGCAUCAAAAGCUGCUCAGAGAGCGGAUCUUCAGAAUCAUCUGGACACUGCCCAGCAUGCACUGCAGGAUAAGCAACAGGAGUUAAAUAAAGUCAGCGUUCAGUUGGAUCAGGUUACAGCUAAGCUGAAUGACAAGCAGGAAUACUGUUCUCAGCUGGAAGCCAAUCUUAAAGAGUACAAAGAGAAAAGUCUUUAUUUAGAACAGAAAACUGAAGAGCUAGAGGGACAGCUUAAGAAACUUGAAGCUGACAUUCUUGAUGCUAAAGCAAGCAAAGAACAAGCUCUUCAGGAGUUACAGCAGCAGCGACAGCAAUCUACAGAAUUAGACCUCCGAACAGCAGAACUGAGUAAACAACUUGAAGCAGCAAGAGAAGCGAUGUCUAAUGCUAAACUGGAUUUGCAGAAGAAAUCUGAGGCCCUUGAAGAAGCGAAGCAGCAAAUUUCAAAGCAGGAAGAAGAAAAGGCCAGCCUUAAACAAAACCUUGAGAAAUCAAAUCAAGAUACAAGUAAACAACUCAAGGAAUUAGAUUGUAAAAUGCAAGCAGCAACAUCAGAGCUGCAACAAGUGAAAUUAGAGAAGGAUACUCUAUUAAAGGACCUUACAGCUACCAAAGACAAGCUCUCAAAAAGUUCUGAAUCCUUCAAAAAAAGAAAGGAGGAAUUAGAAAAAGAAGUACAAAAAGGAAAAGCAGCUGUGGCAGAAAUGGAAAAAUCUUGCCAAGAAGUAAAACACCAGCUCCAGGUACAAACAGAGUCUGUAGCUAAAGAGAAGAAUGAAUUGAAAAACUCACUGGAAAAAAAGGAGGGGAUUUGUAAGCAGCUGUCAAUAGAACUUGAUUCAGCACGAGCACAAGUCCUGGAAAUUCAGGGUCUUCUGAAGGAGAAAGAAAAAAGCGAGCAACAACUCCAAGGAAAGCUGAGAGAGUUAAAGGAAUCUUUUGAGCAGAAGAAAAAACAUAGUGAGACACUGCAAGCUGAAUUAAAAACUGCCCUUUUAGAAAAGGCAGAACUGGAGAAUAAACUGCAACAGCAGUCUAUUUUGUCAGCACAGGAGCUUAAAGCAGAGAAAGUCAAACUAGCAGACUUACAGAAGACCCAUGAAAAACAGAAGGAUAACAAGUCCACAGAAGAAAAACUUGCUCUAGCUCAAGAAGAAUUAGUUUCCAGCAGAAAUCGAAUUGCUAGCAAUAAUCAGCAGAUUCAGGAACUGAAGAAAGCAAAGUCUACACUGGAGCAGGAUGCAUCAAAGAAGGAGCAGCAGCUGGGAGAGAAGACCAAAAUGUUACAGGAUCUUCAGAAUGACAGGAUUUUGAAGGAAAAAGACUUGGCUAAUGAAAAAUGUAAAACAACAGAACUCCAGGAAAUAAGGAGUAGACUUGAAAAAGAAAGUGCCAAGCUGGGUGAAGAACUUAGAGCCUGCAAGCAAGAAUUUGAGAAGGAGGUGGCAAAUCUCAAGGAUGCAAAACAGCUAUUGAUUCAACAGAAAUUAGAGCUGCAGGGCAAAAUAGAUAAUAUGAAUUCAGCUCUGGAACAGGAGAAGAAAACCCAUCAAGCUGUCAAAGAUCAGCUGAAAAAGAGAGAAGAGGAGCUGAAGAAAGAAUGUGCUGAAAUUGAAGCUAAACUGCACACAGAGAAAAAAGAGAAAGAAGAAGAAAAUCGGAAACAUGAGGAAAAGGAGACCAAGCUCACCAUGCAGGUCACAGCUCUGAAUGAAAACCUGGCUACCAUGAAGAAAGAGUGGCAAAGCAGUCAGAGGCGAGUGAGCGAGCUAGAGAAACAGACGGAUGAUUUACGUGGUGACAUUGCCGUCUUGGAAGCAACAGUGCAGAAUAAUCAGGAUGAGAGAAGAGCGUUGCUGGAGAGGUGUAUAAAAAGUGAGGGAGAAAUUGAAAAGCUUCAAGCCAAACUUGUAGAAAUGAAGAAAAAGCUGGACAACACUACCGCUGCAAUGCAGGAACUUGGCCGAGAAAACCAGUCAUUACAGAUCAAACACACCCAAGCCCUCAACAGGAAGUGGGCAGAAGACAAUGAGGUACAGAAUUGCAUGGCCUGUGGAAAAGGCUUUUCAGUGACAGUGAGAAGGCAUCACUGUAGACAGUGUGGGAAUAUCUUUUGUGCCGAGUGCUCAGCAAAGAAUGCCUUAACUCCUUCUUCUAAGAAGCCUGUCCGAGUCUGUGAUACUUGCUUUAAUGACUUGCAAGGAUAACUGGCUAUCGUGAGUGGCAAAGAAAUGUUACACUAAAAUUUAUAAUUUCUGUUGAUGCACUUCGUCCAGCACUCAGACUACUAUUCAGUUCGGACAAUGAUUGUAACACUUGGCAAAAUUUAGUAUAUUUUAAAAUGUUUAUUGAUACCAAGUAAAACUAUUGUAUUUUUGUGAGACAUGGGCUCAGAUCAUCCAUAGCUUACUGCCAUUUAUCCUGGAAAGAGCUUCUAUGUCUAGACUAGAAAUACCCAGUUAUUUGUAAAUAAAGUUUAAACAGAGGAGUAACAAUGUAUUUUUUUAUCUUUUAUUUUUUUGUUCAAGAGAAACAAUGUUUAUGUGAUAUUGCAGUUAUUCUUGUUUCCUUCAAAGAAAAAGGAAGAUGCAAAAACUUGUGAGGAUUUUAUGUAUCAAAUGUUGCUGUAAAAGCGUAACUAAUUGUCACGUUUGAUUGCAUAUCUGAUGUUCUUUAUAACCCCGUGUGAUUUUGUUUUCUUUCUAUCUCUCUGGUUCUUGAACUUUUCUCUCUAAAGUUCGAACUCCACAGUGAAGGGUAAUGGCUGGACUCGACUCCAACUCAGUUUUAUUUGCCCACUUAGAACUUGUUGUAGUAUUGGCACCUGAGUCCUUAUCCAACUACAGCGCUUGAAUACUGGAACAUCUUUACACAUACUGUGUUGCAUAGCUUGUGUGUGUGUGCGUGCAUGUCUGAGAGAGAGUUUGUGUGAACAAAUGAUGAGAACAAGUUUAGCUGGCAUUGUAGGAAUAUUACACGAUACAUUACAAUAUUCCGCCUCGUAUUUAUUGAUUUAAUUUUUACAUAUUCGGUUGAUGGAUUUUAAUAUUCCAGAAACCCUUAUAUGUGGGUUUUAAAAAGCAAACAAACAAUACUGGUAGGAGUCUGUAGCACAUCUCUCCCCCCUGCCCAUACCCUGGAAGCCCUGAGAGGUCCUUGUCGUUCUAAGGGACAUCCAGACCUUCCACGCUAAGAAAAAGUCUUUUUUGAGAUUGCUGCAGUUUAUCUCACCUUUUCUUCUGCCCCUUCCCUUGGCUUUUGGUGGAAGAAGCUGACAAACCUCAGUUUUCCAUUGCUCCAUCCGACCCCCAUUACUGGGGGCUCUUAAAUGUUAUUUUAGUGAUAUGAUUUAGUCUGCUCAGAAUGGUGGUGUGAAUCUCCUGCUACUGGCUUUGUUAUAAGCGAAACAGCUCUAAAUAAGAGGCCACUAUAUAUGUCUUUAGAUAUUUAUCCAUAUUUUAUUUUCCAUACUUGCAACAGAGGCUGUAGAGUACAUGUAGGUGUCAAACUUCUUUUUGUUGUGAUUUUAUUUACAACUGUUCGUUCUUGCCUGCCUGUCUCUAACUUUUCUUCCCUUUGUAUCUGGUAUUUCAAAAUGGUUAAGGUUACUUCUUCUGAGCAGGGGUUAUGCCUUUAGGGAUCCUUGGUCUUAAAUACUCUAUUAAACUCCCCACACCCCAGGCCCUUCUGUGUCUUAAAAAAUUUUGCCAGCUGUUCAGAGAAAGGACUGUGUCCUCAAUUCCUCUACUUCUUGCCUGAGGUAAGAAUCAAAUUCUGUCACAAUGGUGGAAGCUUAGCCAUCGUUAGGCAGGUUCGUUUGCUUUUAUCUAUUGUCAGCUUUAUAUGUGAAUGAAGAAGAGUCUUUUUUAUGAAAAAUGUCUAGUCCUGAUUAACUCUCAAGUGAAGAAAUUCUUAACCCCUCUUCUCCAGAAGUAGUGAUCUAUAUGUUUCAUAUCCCUGCUUGGCUUAUCUGUCUAGUUCUACAUUUGCAGCCUCAAGGAGUCUUCCUCAAGGAGUUUUCUUAAAAUUAAAUUCUUAUUUCUCAAAAUCCAGCUGAAAUAUAUAACUAACUGGUUCUCCUUGCUGUAAAAGGGUUUUGGAUACAACUGUGGUUUGUGUGAAAUACUGACCUGCUUUUCUGGUUUGAACUUGAGAGUUGCUUGCUCAAAAGAAACAACUGCUGCAACGAUUCUGUAUGAACAGAGCCUCUGGACUCGCUCUUUCUCCUCGUCAGUGUAACUGUUUGGCAUAAGAAUCUUUUGAAUAGAAAAUACGAACAGAAUCUCUGCCUCUGGGAAUUUUUUUUCUACUUAUUUAUCUAUUGAGAGAAUCUGAAGAGUUUUCUUUCAAGCCUUUCUUUUUCUGACACGAGACUUGGUCAGAAAUGUGGGAAAAAUAAAGAUGUGACAGCCGUGCUCCAGCCUAGAUGCACUCUGCCCUGUUGUGUAUGUAACACCCGGAACCUUGUGCUGCUCUCAGGGUGAAGGAUGACCACGUGGAGCAGAAGGGAUGUUGAAAGGGAAGAGAGAAGCUUUCCACAACUGCGCGAGGGCAAAACGCAUGAGGCAGAGGAAGAUGGAAAUCCCUCAGGGGGAGCUAGGAAAAUGGUUAAAAGACUGUAUUGGUGUUCAGGCAUUUUGCUUUUGAAGGGGAACAUGUGAAAGCUGAGGAGAGAGCUCUGCAAUAAAGAGGAAAUGGUAGAAGCUCUAGCAGGGUUGUUUUUAAUUCAGCCUUUUGGGAUGCCUUUGUGUAAAGACAAGCAGAGUCGCCUCACUCAGCUGGCUGCUGAAGCAGUACAGUGGGUUGAUUGCAGAUCAGACCUUGGUCUGGAGCUCCUCAGCUCUAGGGGCGAAACCAGCUCGAUUUCUGAAUCUUGCUUUUUGCUGACCAAUUUAUAUGAUCCACUUUUUGAGGGGAUGGAAAUGCUUUUCACAUACACAUUUGUAGGAAGAGGGAUUGUUAAAAUCUGGAGGAGCAGUGGCAGGGGAGAAGCUUGCAUGCUUGAGCUUUGAGUCUGCAGUAGGUCAGGAUUUCUACAGCUUUUCACUGGAGUAAAUUUAUGAUUCCAUUGCUAAAUCUCAUGCUCCUUCUUUUGUGCUUAUGAUUCUUAGUGCUGGUCUGUAUUUGUUGACAAGUUGAUGGUAUAAUAGACUCUAUAAUGCUCUCAGCUUCACUGCCAGGUUGGAAGUUGUACUCAAGGUCAGUAAAAUGACCUAUGAGGUACGUAAGAAGGGAAACUGUGGAAGGUGAAAAGCUUUGUAUUUAUAAAUCUGCUUGCGGAGUCUGACUGGUUUUAUGGGCAUGUUUCAGUAGGAAUGUGUGGGUUUUGUUGCACUGCUUUGAAAUGUAAAUAAUAGGAAAACCUAGUAAAAAGCCUGGUAACUUAUACCAUGCUGAGUUAAAGGAUUCCAGAAAAAAUAGUUUAAUGCACUGAUUUAGAGGGAUUAACUAGAGCGUUUAAUGGACUGAUUUAGAGGGAUUAAUUAGAGGGUUUGAUGCACUGAUUAAUGGGAAAAACUUAUAAAAUGGCAGAAGAGACUAGGGCCUUGGAACUGGAGGAUGCACAGUGAUGUGUUUUAAUAGCCUCUAGGAAGAACCAGAUUGCUGUGAUUCACGGAGGAGAGGCCAUUAUAGAGCAAGAGGUGGAAAUAAUGGUAAAACCAGCGCUCGAACCAGUAGGUGUGUGGGAUCCUCAAGCUGCCUUUGAUUACUAGUCAUUACCAUGGCAUGAGGAGUGGGACAGUGAAGUGUGGGGCUUGUUCCUGUCCCCUCUGCAGGACACUCCAUCCACGUUCAGAAUUGCUGGGGGAGCAUAAUAUGAGAGACCAGCUGCUACGCAGCCUGAGACAAGCUACAGAGGCAAUUGGAAAAGUGUAAGGGAUAAUCUCGUUCAAAUGGGGAGAGGUUCUUUAAACUCCUGGAGACAUCACCCCUCUUCCAGUCAAAGAGCCACAAUCCCUUGCAUUGUUGCCUCCAAAAUGCCAAAUCCUACGGUUCUACUCCAGCCUUGGGUCAGCAGUACGUACUCCAUACUUCUGUCCUGCAACCUCUCUGGAGGCAGGUAGUGUUGCAGAGGUCAGUGGCAAGCUUUUGAUCUUAGCUGGCUGUGCUUCACUGUUACUUAUUUCUUCUCCCCAUGUAUUCCUUCCCUCCAGUAAUCUUCCCUUUUCUGCAAAGGUUGAACAAAGAGGAUAAAAUUAAUGAGUCACAGUAGGAGAAGUUGCUGUCUGCAGAUAAAGAGACAAAAGGAAUUUUCUGCUGCAGCUUCCAACAGAGGCAAGAGGUUUAGAGGGAUCUUGUUUUUCGGCUGGCUUUGCUCUCUGGCACAAGAGUCCAAGGCUCUAGGGUACAGUGCGGUUUUUUUUCCUCUGUUUUUGUAAGGUGUCAAGUAACCAAGCUGCCAUGGAGUGUGGAGCGCUAGGUACACAAGAACAAUGAAUAACUAUUUUUAUUGGUUUGGGGAUGAUUAGGAUUAUUUGUGAAUCCUCACUGGAAAAGCUUUCUUAGUGAAGCAAGAAGGCACUUGGGAGCAGAAGCAUGAAGUAACCUCUCUGUGUUUGUAUUACAUUAGCAAGAACAAUUGAGUCUCUUAUGCUAGAUGUAAGAGAAGUGACAUUCCUAAAGAAGGGACCUGGAAGACUCAAGUACUUUUCUGGAUUGUUAAAUGUCAGUUAAAUGUGAAGUGGGAACAAACGCUUGUUGCAAAACUUAAAAAAUUUACGACCAGCACUCAGUGGCAGACAGAAAACUGCUGGAGCUUAAGUUCAAACAGAAUAUAAACUAUGCCAAGAAGAAUUAUAUCAUCGUUUGAGUAUGUUGAAACUGGUAAAUGACUCCUCCAAGUACCACCCCUUUCACUCUCAUACUCUUGGAGGACUAGGAAACAACACUGUCAUUUGCACUAUGCACUUUUUUCUGUCUAACUGAAUAUAAUCUACAGUAAGUGGAAUGGCAUAAUUUGCAUUGCAUGGGUUAGCUGUAAUCGGUGGACAGAAGGUUUAUCUUCAGCUGGACUUUUCACUGUAUUACAUUUGGCCCCUUGCUAUGUAAGGAGAAUUGCACUCAUGAUUCCUUUGCACCAAAAAUGCAAUCAUCAUCUGAGAGCACAUGUAACAAAAACCAUGUAGUUACACACGCAUUGUCUUUGUAGAGCUUCAUUUUAAGAUUAUAAAAUGAGAAAAUGUGACUUCUAUGUAUUUUUAAGGGUCUUGCCAGUUGUCCAGUUCUUAAUUUUUGAAGUCUUGACCUCAGCACCCUUUCUAGGACAAGUUUAAGGUUAUUGUCCAACCACAGCCUCUCCAAAAGCACUAAGUGGUGUACUUUUCAAAACCAGCAAUAAUUGGAUAGUAAAGUCCCUCCACAAAAACUCAGUUUUGGGUUUGUUUGUUUUUGUUUUGUUUUUUAAGGGGCACUGAAUAAAGAGGUUUGCAUUUUUAGAGAGAACAUUAGAUGCCACUUAAGAUCACAAUACUGAAGAGGAUAGGUACUAGUUAAUGUAAUAAACUUUGCCUUUUGUCUGUAGCUCACCACAUACUAUGCACUCACUGUGCAGCAGAUACAGGAGUAUCUGCUCAUUUGAAGAUUACUGAAGCCCUGCUAACCCUUUUGGAUCAACGUUACUAUGGAAGCAGAAGCCUGGUAGGCGUGUUUUCCAAUUUUUCCUUCCCCUGUGACCUAAACUAAAACCAAAUUCAUCUGUAUUUCCUGCCUUUUUUGGGCAAAGAGGUCUGGGAAAGGUUGUUCAUCGUUACUUGUCAACAGGCCAGUGCUGGCAGGUCCAGGCUCCUGCUGUUGGCUUUAUGGCAAAGUACUCCGUUGUAUCACGCGAAAGCCUGAUUCCUGGCACAAAAGGGAUGUUUGAAAGAAUGUCUCGCUGGGUUAGCAAAUACCAGAACUUUUUAUAGUAAUGUGUCCAAAAUGCUGCUUGUAUAGGAUUUGUCACUUUUGUAAGAAAAUAAAAAAAAAAAAAUCACACAAAAAAAAAAAUCAUAAAACCCCACCAUUUGAUGCCAUUACAUAAUAUUUCAUUUAAACUACCUCUCAGCGUGAAAUUCAAACAUUAGGUAAGUUUAAUAAGGUUUGCUCACUGUCAUGUUCUGUAAAAGUUAUAGUGAAUGCCAAAAUUGCAAGUUUAUCACCAAAAAGGAAAAAAAGUUAAGUCUUUUUUUUUUUUUAUGUGUUUGAAAGUAUCCAAUGGUUUCAAGUUAUUGUAAACUCUGUUGUAUCCUUUUAACUUCUGUAGUUUCAAUUUUGCAAACUCUAGCUGCUGGACAGGAAAUAAAUCAUAACCACGAGCUUUCAUAAUCAUGGUCUGCUGGGUAAAAACAAUUUUGUAUGCAGCUUUGUCAUUUGGCUACAGAUAGCCUCAUUCACCAAAUGUACCAUUAAUUUAAUCUUCUUUUUCUUCUUCAGUACUCGAGAUGUGAACUUGAUGAAUGGUAUUCUGUAAUGGAUGCGUGCCACAAAUUACAUUGUCUUGUUUGCCUCUUUUCUGAAUUUUAAUGAUCAGUUUAUUAUUGCAGAUGUGAAUAUUGCUCAUACAGCUUAAUUUCUGUAUAAUUGUACAAAAUAUAAAUGGAAAAAGUUUUAAGUUCUUACCCAGUAUUUAGAGGUAAUGUAUUAUAAUAGCCUUAUGUUGCAGUUUUACCUACAGAGUACUGCACUUAUUUUCGACUGGAUCAUACCAUCUUGGUAGGUGUAGAUAGAUUUUUUUUGCAUGAGUGUGUUUUCGUUUUGUUUCAAUUGAAGUUUGAUGCUCUUUUAAGUUCUACUUUCAGUGUUUGUGUUUACUACUUGUGAUCAUGUAGUUGUGCCUUACAUUGUGAAAGAAUUUAGUCCAGCGUGCACUGUAAUUCCUCAACUCUGCGAUUUGGAAGGCGGCUGUGGAUUUGGAUGAGAAGAU